CGAAAUCCAUCGAAUCAGGUUUUUCGGCUAUAAAAGUCGUAUGAAUUUUUCAUGAAUGCAGCUAUUACUUAAUCGAACGUCAAACGCGAAGGUCUUCGAAGAAGUUGUGAACGUUUAGCGAAACAAAUAUGAGCAAAAUGUUUAGAACAAUCGUGUUGGUUGCAUUGUUGGUGGCAUGUGUGUCAGCAGCUAGACGUGCUAAAGAAGAGCCGAAGCCAGAACAAAAACCUGAGCUGGCCAGCACAGAACAACCAGAAUUGAAAGCCGAGGAAUUGGAAGCUGCCACAGAGAAACAAGAGCCAACGAAAAAUAAGCCAGACUUAAGCGCACAUAAGCCAGACAAAAUAGCGGUGAUUAAAUCCAAAACCAUAACAUCAGAUUUGGACGGAAAUUAUCAAGUUCAAUUCGAGUCAAGCAACGGAAUUGCAUCUAAUGAAGGAGGAGUCGCUGGUCAAAUUGUACAAGGAUCAACCACUUGGAUUGCAAAGAAUGGUGAACCUUUGGCCAUCAGUUUUGUGGCUGAUGAAAAUGGCUAUCGUCCUAUGGGCUUCCAUUUGCCAACACCACCACCAAUUCCAUUGGCCAUUCAACGCGCUCUCGACUAUUUGGCUACCAAAAAACCUGAUGUUGACGAUAAUUAGUAAAUCAAUUGUAAAAUUAAAAAAAAAAGUUUCGCUGAUUAAAACGAAAAUUCAUGGUAAAAUGAAUUGAACAAAAUGAAA